AUGGAAGAACAGACAACUUCAUCUACUUCAGACCUGUCAAAUAAAGAAUAUCAAGGUUUCAACAAAGAUGAAAUUAAAAACUUAGCCAAGUCAAUAACCAAUGAUAAUUCAAAUCAUAGUUUGGGGUAUUGUGUAUCACAUAUGAGUCAAGUACCAGGUAUAAACCCUUGUGAUAUUGAUAAUCUACCACCAGAAUUGAACCCUGACUCGGAUGAUUUCGAUUCAAAACUUUGGAUCAAGAACUUACGAAAGUUAUACGAUUCUGAUCCAGAAUACUGGCAACAUUCAAAAUUAGGUGUCGCUUACCGAGAUUUGCGUGUUUAUGGUGUUGCUAAUGAUGUUGAUUAUCAACCAACGGUUACCAAUGCACUCUGGAAAUUGGCAGGAAAAGGUUUAAGACAUUUAUGGAAAGAAGACAAGUCAAGAUAUUUUGAUAUUUUGAAAACAAUGGAUGGAAUAAUGAGACCAGGGGAAGUAACUGUUGUUUUAGGUAGACCUGGUGCCGGUUGUUCAACUCUAUUGAAAACCAUCGCUGCCCAGACAUACGGGUUUCACGUAGCAAAUGAGUCAAUUAUUACCUAUGAUGGCAUGACACAAAAGGACAUUGAACAUCAUUACCGUGGAGAUGUUAUAUACUCUGCGGAAACCGAAGUCCACAUCCCACACAUGACUGUUGGCCAUACUUUAGAAUUUGCUGCUCGAUUAAGAACACCACAAAACAGAGGGGUUGGGAUUGACAGGGAGACGUAUGCAAAACUAAUGGCUGAUGCGUAUAUGGCUACAUAUGGUAUAUCCCACACAAGGAACACAAAAGUUGGUAAUGACCUCGUACGUGGAGUUUCUGGAGGUGAGAGGAAAAGAGUUUCCAUUGCUGAAGUUUCAUUAAGUGGAGCCAAGAUUCAAUGUUGGGAUAAUUCAACUAGAGGUUUAGAUUCAGCAACGGCAUUGGAGUUUGUUAGAGCAUUGAAAACAUCAGCAAGGAUUCUUAGCUGUACUCCAGUUAUUGCCAUCUACCAAUGUUCCCAAGAUGCUUAUAAUUUGUUUGACAAUGUUGUUGUGUUGUAUGAAGGUUACCAGAUUUUCUUUGGGAAAGCCGAUAAAGCCAAAGAGUUUUUUACCAAGAUGGGGUAUAAAUGUCCCCAAAGACAAACCACGGCAGACUUUUUAACUUCGUUAACCAAUCCAGCAGAAAGAGAACCAUUACCAGGGUAUGAAAAUAAAGUCCCAAGAACUCCCAAAGAAUUUGAAGCGUAUUGGAAGCAAUCACCAGAGCAUGCUGCCUUGAUUCAAGACAUCGACAACUAUUUGAUUGAAUGUGAAAAAUUGAAUACCAAACAGAACUAUCAUAACUCACAUGUUGCAAGACAAUCAAAGCAUAUUCGCCCCAAUUCUCCUUAUACUGUCUCAUUUUUCAUGCAAGUUAGGUUUCUUGUGGCCAGAAAUUUUGUUCGCAUGAAGGGGGAUCCAUCAAUUGCACUCAUUUCUGCAUUUGGUCAGUUGAUUAUGGGGUUGAUAUUGUCGUCAGUUUUCUAUAAUCUCCCUGCGGAUACGUCUUCUUUUUACUAUCGUGGUGUCGCUUUGUUCUAUGCAGUUCUUUUCAAUGCGUUUUCUUCCAUGUUGGAAGUGAUGACUUUAUAUGAAGCCAGACCUGUGGUUGAGAAACAUAGAAAAUUUGCCCUUUAUAGACCAUCUGCCGAUGCAUUAGCCAGUAUUAUAAGUGAACUCCCGGUUAAACUAAUAUCUUCAAUUUCAUUUAAUUUUGUUUUCUAUUUUAUGGUUAAUUUGAGAAGGGAGCCUGGAAGGUUUUUCUUUUAUUGGUUAGUGAACAUUUUUGCCACAUUAGUCAUGUCCCAUUUCUUUAGAUCUGUCGGUGCUGUGACGACUUCAUUGGAAGGUGCAAUGACACCAUCGACCAUCUUAUUAUUGGCAAUGGUUAUUUAUACUGGAUUUGUUGUUCCAAAACCAGACAUGUUAGGAUGGGCAAAGUGGAUCAGUUAUAUAAACCCUGUGGGGUAUGUCUUUGAAUCCAUUAUGGUCAACGAGUUUCAUGGUCGUCGAUUUCUUUGUUCAACUUAUGUACCAUCAGGACCAUUCUACCAAGAUAUAAGUCGCGAGAAUCAGGUUUGUACCGCCGUGGGAUCAAUACCAGGUGAUCCAUAUGUUAGUGGAACUAAUUACUUGAAAUAUGCGUACCAAUAUUACAAUGCCCACAAGUGGAGAAAUGUCGGUAUUGUGAUCGGCUUUAUUAUUUUCUUUUUGGCAAUUUAUAUUGGCCUAACUGAAAUCAAUCGAGGAGCUAUGCAAAAGGGAGAAAUAGUUUUGUUCCUUAAAGGAGAUAUGAAAAAACACAAGAGAAAUAGAAACCAUGAUGAUGUUGAAGGUGGUGGUUUAGAAGAAAAAUUUAGUCACGAUGACCUUUUUGAAGAGAGUGGAGUUGUAAAAGCAAUAGAUCUUUCGAAAGAAAGGGAAAUUUUCUUCUGGAAGGAUUUGACUUACAAAAUUAAAAUCAAGAAGGAGGAUAGAACAAUCUUGGAUCAUGUUGAUGGAUGGGUCGAGCCAGGCCAGAUUACCGCAUUGAUGGGUGCAACUGGUGCAGGCAAAACAACUUUGUUGAAUUGUUUAUCUGGUCGACUUUCUGUUGGUGUUAUUACUGAUGGUGCAAGAAUGGUUAAUGGACAUACACUAGAUUCUUCAUUUCCAAGAUCAAUUGGUUAUGUGCAACAACAAGAUAUUCACUUGCCCACAACCACAGUUAGAGAAGCAUUACAGUUUUCUGCAUACUUGAGACAAUCACGUAAAAAUUCAAAGAAGGAAAAGGAUGAGUAUGUUCAGUAUAUCAUUGAUUUAUUAGAUAUGAAUUCAUAUGCCGAUGCAUUGGUUGGUGUUGCUGGUGAAGGAUUGAAUGUUGAACAAAGAAAGAGAUUAACCAUUGGUGUUGAAUUAGUUGCCAAGCCUAAGUUGUUACUAUUCUUGGAUGAACCAACUUCUGGUUUAGACUCCCAAACUGCCUGGUCUAUUUGUAAGUUGAUGAGAAAGUUAGCUGAUCAUGGUCAAGCUAUCUUGUGUACCAUCCAUCAACCUUCUGCACUUAUUAUGGCUGAGUUCGAUAGAUUGUUGUUUUUGCAAAAGGGUGGGGAGACAGUUUACUUUGGUGACUUGGGUAGAAACUGUCAGACUAUGAUUGACUACUUUGAAAAACACGGAGCUGAUCCAUGUCCAAAAGAAGCCAAUCCAGCAGAAUGGAUGUUGGAAGUUGUUGGUGCUGCCCCAGGUUCUCAUGCUAAGCAAAACUAUUUUGAGGUUUGGAGAAAUUCUGAUGAAUAUAGAGCUGUUCAAAAUGAACUCACCCGUAUGGAAACUGAAUUUGUUAAAUUACCAAGAGACGAGGAUCCAGAAUCAAAAUUGACAUAUGCGGCUCCAAUUUGGAAGCAAUACUUGUUAGUUACCUGGAGAACAAUUGUUCAAGAUUGGAGAACCCCAGGUUAUAUUUAUGGAAAGUCAUUCCUUGUUAUUACUGCAGCUUUGUUUAAUGGGUUUUCAUUUUUCAAUACUGGAAAUUCAAUUCAAACAUUAAACAAUCAGAUGUUUUCGAUUUUUAUGUCAUUUAUUGUUCUUAACUCAUUAUUACAGCAAAUGCUACCAGCAUUUGUGAAGAAUAGGGACUUAUUUGAAGUAAGAGAGGCACCAUCUCGUACUUUUAGUUGGUUUACAUUUAUUUCAAGUCAGAUCACUUCCGAAGUUCCAUUUCAGAUUGUUUUAGGAACCAUUGGGUUUUUCUGCUGGUAUUAUCCAAUUGGCUUAUAUCGUAAUGCAGAACCAACAAACUCAGUGCAUUCGCGUGGUGCAUUCAUGUGGUUGCUACAAAUAUCCUUUUAUGUAUAUAUCACUACUUUGGGUCAUUUUGCUAAUUCUUUCACCGAGUUGGCAGACUCUGCAGCCAACUUGGCCAACUUGUUGUUUUCAUUGUGUUUAAUAUUUUGUGGGGUGUUGGCAACACCUCAACAAAUGCCAGGGUUUUGGAUUUUUAUGUACAGAUGCAACCCGUUUACUUAUUUGGUUCAGGCAAUACUUUCCACAGCAUUGGCUAAUACAAAUGUUGUAUGUGCUGAUCGUGAAUACGUACAGAUUAAUCCACCAACAGGACAAACUUGUAAUGAGUUUAUGGAUGCGUUUGUUGCCAUGGCUGGUGGCUAUACUACUACUAAAGGUGACGAAUGCUUGUAUUGUCCGAUGAAUGAAACGAACACCUUUUUGGAGUCCGUAAAUGCUAUAUUUAGUGAAAGAUACCGUAAUUAUGGGAUUUUUGUGGCAUUUAUUAUGAUAAAUAUAGUUUUGGCCAUUAUCCUUUACUGGGUUGCCAGGGUUCCUAAAGGUAAUCGUGAAAGCAAACAUCGUAAAAAGAAAGGAAUUAAAAAGUAG